AUGAGGGACACACGAGUGGCCAACAGCCAUGAUAUUAAUGGAGCUCUGGAACCAUCCAACAUCGACACCAGCAUCCUGGAAGAGUACAUCAGCAAGGAAGACUCUCCAGAGAUCUGCUUCCCUGAGAUCCCUGCUCCCACCAGCUACACACACCCCCAGCCCUCCAGCUCCACCAGCAUCCCAGCACCUCCCGCCAGCUCCAUCAGCAGCGUGAGCAAUCCCUCUCCCAGCACUCCCCUCCACCUCCCUCCUGCCAGCAGCCAGCUCCCCAUCCGGCAUGGUCCUCUCCUGGCCAAUCCCUGCGGAGCUGCCUAUGGAGCUCACCUCAACUGCAACAACAACAAUGGGAUGGUGGUGCCCAAGGGAUUCCUGGGUGGCCACUGCCUGAACAACGUGGUCCCUCCAAUCAAAUCAGAGCCCAAGGCCUCCUACGCACCUGGCACUUUGCCGGACUCUCCCCCAGAUUCCGGAUCGGAAGCCUACUCUCCUCAGCAGGUGAACGAUCCUCACCUCCUCCGGACCAUGACUCCCGAAAAUAUGUGUCACAUGACUCCCCCUUCCCGCCUGGAGCACCCUCCUCCUCCUCCACCACCACCUCCUCCACCCCCUCACCUCCAGGGUCCCCCACCACCGCCCCCACCACCCCCUCACCCCCUCCAGCCACAGCACAAUUCCCACUUUCCCGGCCUGCAGCGGGAAAUGUUCCUGAAGGCCGAACCCCUGAUGCCUCCGUACGGCGUUGGGCCGGGAAUGGCGCCCGCCGAGCUCCACCAUGCCCAGCAAUCCCAGAUGCUGCACCAGCUCCUCCAGCAGCAUGGAGCAGACCUCCCGGUGCAUCCCGCCAAGAAGAGGAAACACUCCGAGUCCCCCCCCAACACCCUCAAUGCCCAGAUGCUCAACGGGCUGAUCAAGCAGGAGCCGGGAAUGGGAUCCGUGCCGCUCAAUCCCGAUCGUGUCCAGACCCCUCCCUGGCACCAGCCGGGUGCGCUCUCACCAGGCCUGAUUCAGGAUAACGACAGCCUGAAUGGCUCCUACCUGGAUCCCAACUUCCAGUCCAUCAAGUGGCAGCCACACCAGCAGAACAAGUGGGCAACUUUGUAUGAUGCCAACUACAAGGAGCUCCCAAUGCUCACGUACCGCGUGGAUGCUGACAAGGGCUUCAACUUCUCCGUGGGAGACGAUGCCUUCGUGUGCCAGAAGAAGAACCACUUCCAGGUCACCGUGUACAUCGGAAUGCUCGGCGAUCCCAAGUACGUGAAGACCCCCGAGGGCCUGAAACCCUUGGAAUGCUUCUACCUGAAGCUGCACGGAGUGAAACUCGAGGCCUUGAACCAGUCCAUCAACAUUGAGCAGUCGCAGUCGGACCGCAGCAAACGGCCCUUCAACCCCGUCACGGUGAACCUGCCCCCAGAGCAGGUCACCAAGGUCACCGUGGGGCGGCUGCACUUCAGCGAGACCACGGCCAACAACAUGAGGAAAAAAGGCAAACCCAACCCGGACCAGAGGUACUUCAUGCUGGUGGUGGCCCUGCAGGCACACGCCCAGAACCAAAACUACACGCUGGCAGCCCACAUCUCCGAGCGGAUCAUCGUCCGGGCUUCCAACCCAGGGCAGUUUGAGAGUGACAGUGACGUGCUCUGGCAGCGGGCGCAGCUCCCGGACACCGUGUUCCACCACGGCCGCGUGGGAAUCAACACGGACCGCCCGGAUGAGGCCCUGGUGGUCCAUGGCAACGUGAAGGUCAUGGGGUCCCUGAUGCACCCUUCGGAUGUCCGAGUGAAAGAGGAUAUCCAGGAGGUGGACACCACAGAACAGCUGAAGCGGAUCUCCAGGAUGAGGCUGGUGCACUACAACUACAAACCCGAGUUUGCAGCCACAGUGGGCAUUGACAGCACCUCUGAGACAGGUGUCAUCGCUCAGGAAGUGAAGGAGAUCCUCCCAGAAGCUGUCAAGGACACUGGGGACCUGGUCUUUUCCAAUGGGAAAACCCUGGAGAAUUUCCUGGUGGUGAACAAGGAGCGGAUCUUCAUGGAGAAUGUGGGAGCCGUGAAGGAGCUGUGCAAGCUGACAGAUAACCUGGAAACACGGAUUGAUGAGCUGGAAAGGUGGAGCCACAAGCUGGCCAAGCUGAAGAGGCUGGACAGCAUGAAGUCAACUGUGAGCUCUGGAGCCUUCAGCCAAACUGGGAGCCAGUUCAGCCGGGCAGGAAGCAUGCCCCACAAAAAGAGACCCCACAAAGUCACCAGCAAGUCUCCGUCGGUUGUCCCGGAGCAGGCCUGCAUCAGCCAGCGCUUCCUUCAGGGCACCAUCAUUGCCCUGGUCAUCAUCAUGGCAUUCAGCGUGGUGUCCAUGUCCACGCUCUAUGUGCUGAGCCUGCGCAGCGAGGAGGAUCUCGUGGACAUUGAUGGCUAUUUUGCUGUACCUACUGCCUGUCUCCUGGCCCUCUUUCGGCACGGGGGUCCCGGAAUUCCGGUCGCUCUGUGUCCACGGUCAAGCCAGAACAUUGACAAAACACAGACAGUGCGAUCCACAGCCGCAUCCAACGGAGCCAGCAGCAGGACCCCCCCAGAGCAUGUCCUGGAUGAGGGGCAUGGAGUAGCCCUUGGCAUUCCCGGUCGCGGUGUGCUGGCCUGUUUCAGCCCUCCCUGUUUUUCCACGUGCUGCUCCACUGCUCCCACCGACAUCUCCUCCGUUGUCCCCUCGGAGACCAGCCCUGCCCAUGCCACCAACCAGACAGACCAAAGCCAGCCUUCCCUCCUGCCAGUGACAAAUAUCAAAGCCAAAUCCAGGGGCAUCACCGGGAAAUCCACCUCCUACACCAAGUGGCCAAAGACUCCUGACAGGUCUCAGAGCUUCGGCAGCCCCAAUGCCAGCCCCUCCUCCCCCUUCUCCCACAUCCAGGGCAAAUCCAAGUACAUCUCCAACCUCUCGCUCUCCCGCAGCAGCUCCCGGCAGCAGCGCAGCCUCCGGCAGCCGGUGAGCGAGCGGCCCCACACGGAGCAGCCCGGCACGGAUGCAGGGCCCAGCCCGGUGCUGCAAUCCAUCCGGAUCCUGGAGAUCAACCUGGCCAUCCAUUCCCAGUACUGUGCCGCCGCCGAUGCCUGCAGGACUGGGAAUUUCAGCUACCGUAUCCCUGUGAGCCAGCAGACAGCUGUGAACACCAACCUGACCCUAGAGAUGAACUCCUCCUCCGCUGUGUCCAUCUCCCUCUGUGGCCUUGUCUCCAGUGAUCCCUGCCAGGAUGCUGUGAGUGGGAACAGCUCCACUGACUCCACAGAUGCACAGGACACCAUGCACCGCUGGCCCCUGGUGAUGCUGUCCUUCCGAGAGUUUUCCUACCACUUCCGAGUGGCACAGCCAGGCCAAGCCGACUGCAGCACUUCCCUGGAGCAGCUGGGACACCUCUUCACUGACUAUUACUUCCAGUUCUUCUGGCUCUGUGAGUGA